GAAAAUUGUUUCAAGUUUUAAUGAUGUCUACUGGCUAAAAACAAUGCGAAAUAAUUAUUCAAUAAUGUAAAUUUACGUAAAGAUGGAAAUAUUAAAAAAUGAAAAUGAAAGUUUUCACAAAAGAAGACUGCUGUUUAGCCACAUUUACUGGAGUGCAAAUCAGAUUGAUAACAGUUUUGCUGCAAAAUUUUCUAGCAAUGAUUGGGCUCCAGUUGUGAUAGUGCCUCUCUUGGCGACAAUUCUUCUGGCAAUAAGCGUUUUUCUACUUAUCAUUUUUCGGCAAAAUCCAGCGUUUGUUAUUAGCACAGUGGCGGGAUGUUUGAUUUUUGUUACCAUUUAUUUAACACUUACUGCUAUAGAUUCCAGCAGACAAACUUUUUCUUAAUUUUGUAUGAUUUAAAAAAAA